GUGUUUUCUCCUAGACGUUAAUCUUCCUUACAAACUAAUUGUAAUACAUAUAUGACCAUAGGAGGGAAACAGCAGAACCGGGCAGUUUCUGAACAAGAUUAUUUGGCAUAGCAAUAAGUGACAAACUAAAGCAUUGCCAAGUCUGAGUUAUUCAGAAUUCGAGCAAAUCAAACUUACUUUAGAUCUGCAGUAUUUGUGUAAAGUUACCUGGGAAUUCAAUUAAGAAGUCACCUGUUUUCACUUAAAAACUGGUUUAGGUUUUAUCAACUGAAGAACUUAAGUUUAGAAAUAGCAUUGGGCUGCAGUCACCUGUCACUUAUUCUUUGAUCCCGCGCAGGCUCUGUCAAAUCGCUAGGAGGGUCCGGUUAUUUUAUUUACAAACGAAUAUAUUAAUUCAAUAGAAAGGAAUUCACCACAUUUCUCCAACAUCUUUAAAGUCCUUGGUUGAAGUAGUCGGGCUUUAUAACGUAUUGAGCACAAUUUCGCAGAAAGUCACUUCGGUUUCCCUUCCAAAACCCUUUGUCUGGAAGCCACCGACAAACGCGGUGGGAGCCUCCGACACAUCCAACCACGUUUGCGUUGCUUCAAGCGGGAGGGCGGGGCUGAAAACUCGCAGCCGAGGGGCGGGGCCGAGCCAACGGGGCCGAACCGGUCCAACGAAGCGGAACUAGCAUUGCGUCAUUUCCGUCUGCGGUGUUACCAAGGGCACAAGCGGGUUCUGGGCCGGCGGCGAUUGGCAGCUGAUGGGAAUAGUGUCCCCACCCCUCGGCCGCUACCGCUCCGGAUGGGCCUGCCUCUGGGGCCUCUGAUAGGAGGCUCUCCUGGUUCCGUUGCUGAAGGUCCCGUGUCCUGGAGAUUCUAUUAUUUCUUUUUCCACAUCAUUGAUUUUCCUUAAACAUCAAGUGAUCCUUGGUUGUCUAUUAGUAAUGAAGAAUGAAGACCUGUCUCAGUUUUCCUAGGGCACUAGUCACUUUCACAUGGCUUGGAAACAGGAAUCAGAAUUUACACAGAGGGAUAAAGCUGCUAUAGUCAUUCAGAAGGCCUGGAAAAGUUUUCUUAAUGUUGCUGUGUUCCAACAUUUAAAAAGUCUGAUUAAUAUAAGAAGACAAGGGGAGCCACGUCAGAUAGUGAGAUAUAUUAAUCCUAAAGAGUUUUGGACAUCUACUGAAAAUGUAAUGGUAGAAGACAAAAGAGAAAGUGAAUUCCAUUUCUCUAAACUGAAGAGGAGGCAAGAUAUGGAAAAGAAAAGAAAAAUUAGAAAAAUAGAAUGGAUGAAGCAAAUGUACUAUGCAGGAAACCUCGAGGCCAAGUCAACAAACCAUGACACUCUGGGUUUAAUUCACACAGCAACCAAAGGGCUAAUAAAAGCUAUCGAAACUGGUGGAAUAGAUUCUGUGAUGGAAUGGGAAGUGGAUGAAGUGCUGAACUGGACCAACACACUCAACUUUGAUGAGUACAUUGCCAACUGGAAGGAAAUUGCUACAAGCAACUCUUCAGCUAACUUCAAAAGUUUCAGGUUUAAGGAAGCAAAAGGGAAAAUAUAUGACUAUGAAGAUAAAUUGGAAGAGGAAAUGGGAGCUUCAGAAGAUACUUCAUUUGAAAAUAUUUACGAAGGACCGGGUUUUACUAGACUAACGCCUGAUUCCACUUAUGGAAUAUAAUUAUAAAGCACUUUCUCUUCUCUGCUGAGCUAUAACCCUUCAAGGCCCCAUUCCAUCAGUUACUGUCAAGAAUCGUCUAUUCUGACUGGAACGAUUGUGUAUUCUCGGCAUAGAAUCUAGCCCAACUAAGUGUGGAGGAUUAAACAGAAGAAGAACAUCGGGAUGAAUGCAGGAGUCAUGGAAAAUGCAGAGAUUACUCCUGGCAUUUUGAAAACCUGUAGCAUUCUCACAAUCAUACUGAAAUAAAGAUAUUAUA